AUGUAUUCAUCAUGGUUUCCAAUACUCAUUUAUCUAACCUUAAUUCCUUUAUGCACUAAAAGUGCAUCAUAUAAUCCAUCUGGGAGAACAGAAUUUAUGUCUGAACUUGUAUCUGACAAGAUUUAUUAUUAUGGUGGAUUUGAUGAUGUAGUCACCAGAUUUAAUGAUUUUUUUUAUAUUGACCUAACGCAACCAUUUUUUGGCUCUUCUCCACCAUAUCAUUUCAUAAAGAGUUUGGAUACUAGGACUGCUGCUUCUACAGUUGCCCAUGCGAAUAAAAUUUAUGUUUUUGGUGGUGAUUAUAUUAUUGGAGCUGAUUCAAAAACACCUCUUGUUGAAUUUUUCCAAAUUCAAUCACUUUCAACGGAUCCUGAAAUUUCAUAUACUCCAGACACAUUUUCAACUCCAUCUUCAAGAAAAUGGCAUGCUUCUGCAAUUGAUCAUGUAAAUGAAAAAAUAUAUGUUUGGGGCGGUGUUAAAGAGAUAGGCACAGUAAUGAACUUUUCAAGUCUUAGUAUUUCUCAAAAUGAUGGGACUAUGUAUAUAUAUAAUAUCGCAUUGUCUGCUUGGACUUCAAGUCCUAUACUAACCCAACCUAAUGGUCGUUGCCUUCAUACCGCAACUUUUGUGCCUGAUGGGCGAAUAAUUAUGAUCGGUGGUGCCACUAGCCCAGAUGUAGGGAAGACUGCAACAAAGAAUGGUAUAAUUCCUUCAAUUAUUCAUCAUUCAGCAACUCUCUUACCUAGCAACAAAAGUAUAAUAAUAUAUGGAGGUAGUGAUCAAACUGGAUAUUCCGGUUUAGCAGUUCUGAAUCUCUCAAGCUAUGUGUGGACAGUUAUCUCACCAACUGGAAAUGCACCAUCCAUAAUUUCAAGUGGUCAUGAUUUACCAUAUUUCAUUUUUGAAUAUAUCUUAGGAGAAUACAUUUUCAAUAAUACUCGUCAUUUGAUAAAUCCUACAAUAAGAAUUCUCAACAUUUCAAAUAAUCAAUAUAAAUGGGUUGACUCAUACACUCCGCCUCCAAUUGUUAACCAAAUUCAAAAUUCAAGUACUCAAAAUCCAAGUACCCAAAAUCCGAGUACACAAAAUCCAGGUACCGAUAAUCCAAGUACCCAAACUUCAAACUCAAGUAAGAUUAUUAUUAUUGGAUUUGCUAUUGGUGGGAUUAUGUGUUUAGGAAUAUUAGUUGUUUGUUAUAUUCUUUACAAAAAAAGGCAAAUGAGACAUAUAGUUAGGAUACCAGGAACGAGUAAUGAACUCACGAAUACUAGAAUCAAGUGA